AUGGCACAGAACACGGAGGAGGAGACCUGGGAUGACUGGGAGGAGGCUGAGCAGCCCGCCAUCUGCCCACUGGAUCAGGAGCGUUUGCCCAGCGCAGAGGCAUGCAUUCAGUACCUGCGCACAAAGCAUGACUGUGAUUUGAUGAAAAUCGCGGCAGAACAUGCACUCGACCACUAUGGCUGCAUUCGCCUCAUUAAUUUCAUGCGCAAGCAUCAGCGCAUUCCGGCCAGCCGUGAUGAGUAUGCGACAGACGAUGCCUACCUCCAGCCCGUCAUGCCUGAAGAUGCUCUCCUGCAAUAUGAUUUUUUUCCGGAGGAGUGGUCCGACGAUGAGGAAAAUGAAGCUCCUCAAAGCGCCGCUGCGCCAAGCUCCAACGUGCCCAUGCAGACACCGGCACCGCUGCUGGCCGAUGCUUCAAACCUGUCCACGGAAGAACUGCGCCAGCUUGUUGCAGAGCUUCAGACCGUUGUUCGCGAACAAUCGGCCCUACCUGCCUCAGAUCUUCAGGCCGUGCGGCAAGAGGUGGUCGCCACCCCUCAGGAAGAGGAUCAAGGAGAUGGAUCCAACGACUCAGAAGGCUACUUUGCCGGUUAUGCCCGAGUGGACAUUCACGAGGAAAUGCUCCGUGAUGUCGUGCGCACCGAGUCCUAUCGGGACUACAUUCUCAACAACCCCUCCAUUUUUCAAGACAAGGUGGUCCUUGAUGUGGGUUGCGGCUCGGGCAUCUUGAGCAUGUUUGCUGCCAAGGCGGGUGCAAAGCAUGUCUAUGCUGUCGACAACAGUAGCAUCGUCCACGACGCGCGCGCCAUUGUGUUUGAAAAUGGCUUGUCUGAUAAGAUCACGGUGCUACAUGGCAAGGUUGAGGAAGUUGCCCUCCCGCCCGAAGGUGUUGAUGUGAUCGUGAGCGAGUGGAUGGGCUACUUUUUGCUGUUUGAGUCCAUGCUCGACUCAGUCUUGUGUGCGCGUGAUCGCUGUCUGCGGCCCGGAGGUGUCAUGGCUCCGGAUCAGAGUAGCAUGUAUCUGGCAGCACUGGAUGAUGCUUGCGGCGCCUCCAACAAGCUUGGUUAUUGGAAUGACGUUUACGGAUUUCGGAUGCCAAGCCUCCAACGCCGUGUUCUGCGAGACGCCUGGGUGACCGUUGUGCCCAACGAAAGUGUUGUGAGCAACCGCCACGUUUUUCAGAGCUUGGACAUGAACAAGUGCAGCAUUCAGGACCUGACCUUUGCUCGCCCAUUUACUCUAGUCAUGAACAAGGCUACCCGUGUUACGGCUUUGCUUAGCUAUUUCGAUAUUGUUUUUGACAACAACGGCGAACAAUCGGUGUAUUUCUCAACUGGACCAGAGGCCAUUCCAACCCACUGGCAGCAAACCGUUUUCUUGUUGGAAAACCCCGUGGAGGUGUCACAGGGCGACCAUAUCGAAGGCAAUAUUACCGUGGCUCGCGCCGAGGAUCACGAUGAAUCUCGAACCCUCACGGCCACAAUCGAGUAUCACGUGAAGCAGCAAAGCAAUGGCGAAAGCGGGGCUACCUUCUCGCAGACUUGGCGCAUCUGA